CACAACGGGCUGCCUGGUCCCGGUGCCCUUUCCCUGAGCUGCCAGUGGGAAGCAGGAGCCCCACGGGCUCUGCCCGUCUCUCACUGCCAUCUUUGUUUCAGGUGCAAGACUGCACCAAUGCUGAACGGCCGCGUUUCUCCUCCAUGCAACUCCUCCAGGAGCACCUGAGGGGUCCAAACCCGGGGCGUCACUGGCUGGUGCUCAAGGGUCUCAUCACCCUCUCAGAAAGACCCGAUACAGCAGGAAAAAUCCAGGUCCUGCUGCCAGAUGUUGUGGAGACCCUGCAGGAUGCCAACAAAGACAUCAAGAGGAUGGCCCUGCUUCCAAAACAUGCUGCAUUAUAUGAAGAGGAAGAGGGCCAGCUGCACCGCUCUCCAGUUCUCAGAGAAGCUCCUGCUGCUCUUUGAUGAUUGCAGCCAGCUGCGAGAGACCUCCAUCUGCCUCUUCAAAGACCUGAUGGAGGCUGUGGUGUGGUGUGACAGAAGGAGGAUGAAGACCAAAGUGCGGAGGGGGCUGCUCCCGCUCUUCUUCCACAUGAGUGACCAGAGCCCGAGCGUGGCCAAGGUCUCUAGGAAAGCCCUCGCUGUUGUGGCAAAGAUCCUGGAAUGGGAAGAGCUCAGGCACGUGAUCUGCCCACAUCAGACUCAGAGGAUCACAGAGUGCUUGCUGGAGCAGGACAGGAGCAGGGCCGAAGGAUACUGUCAUCAGAGCCUGCCCUACCUGAAGGAUGCUCAGGCCCCCUUGCGCGAGGCAGCCGUGAGGUUCAUCGGGCUUGCCGCGCGGCCCCUGAGGGACCAAAGCAAGGAGAAGCUGGCCGAGAUGUGCAGCGCCCUUCAGUCCCUGCAGGAAGACAGCGACCUCUCCAUCCGUUCCCUGGCAGCUCAGACCGUCCUCAGCCUGAGCUCUCCCAGGGUGCAGCCAAGAGCGUGACGCACCCUGCGAGCGCUGUGCUGCUGGUGCUGCUAAAAGCCAGGCAGAAGAGGUGCAGCCUGUCUCAGGGAAAUGCCUCUCUUUGAAUAAAGCCGGAGCAACAAACGCCAAACCCCUGGUCUCCUUCACACGUGUAGCACCAGGAGCGUGCUGAGCAAACAGCAUCCUUGCUGGCUGCUCCGGCUGCCUGCAGGUCACUCCCCCUCAGCACACCCUGGCUCCAGGCUUGUGUUACAAGUGUACUUCUCAGGGGGGCUCUCCCCCGGAGAAGCCAUGUUUGUUCCCCCUGGGCAAGUCUUUUCUUUAGAGAGCCAGAAGGCAAAGGGGAAACGGCGGCCGUGAAGGCACCGGGAUUGCCUGGAGAGCUUCCUGACACUCCCGCUUUCCAGCGGCUCGUGGCAGCGCAGCACCCGCUGACCCAGGGUGUCCUUGAACCCAACUCCCAGCUGCUCAGCGGGGACGGAGGGGAGCGGGACCGACAGCUCUCGUCCCCUGGGAACCAGGAAACUCCAGGGGCUGCCCAGCCUGAGGACUCUGGCAAACCUGACCAUCACCACGUCUGCAGCUCUGCUCGUGGCUCCCGAAGCGCCUGCAAGGGCAGCCCAGCCUUUGCACCCAAAACCCAGCAGACAUCAGCAAGGCGCUAACGCGAUUUCUGCACUCGGGGGACUGACAUGCGAGCCAGGGUAGCGGCUUUCCUAGCUUUCUUCUUCUGAGGUGCUGGUGAUGCUGGGCCCGGCCUUGAGCCUGGCAAAGCGCAUGGAUCCAGGCAAUCUCUUGGGGAAGGAAGGGGUGGGCGAUUUCACUUUGCUAUUAAUACCUCGAAGCGAGUGGAUUUGACCCAGCCACAGCUUCUCAGCCACCCGCGGACAAGAAGCACACCAUGAGCG